GGCACUUAACAAAAUGAUCUUGAAAUAUUGAUGUCUUAGAAUAUGUCUCCAAUAUUUGCACAUUUCAAGUUUUGUGUCGACCAGCGUUGACUGUUUAUUUAUUUACUAUUUUCCAAGCGUUGUGGUUUCUUUUACGAUGACUUACGAUAUGUCUGAUAUUUUAGAUCUUCACCUAAAACCCUAUGUGAAAGUAAAAGCCAAGUUACUGAAAAAAGACACUGGACAAAAAAGAUGCACUGCCGAACAUUUCACAAUAGACCCUCAGACUAUCAAUUACAUUAAACUCAGAAACCAAUUAGCACGCCUUUUUAGUAUUGAAGGAGAGUUCACAAUUAAUUUUAAAAAGGACAAGGCAUACAUUCCUCUGACAUCUGAUUGGGAUUUAGAUGGAGCCAUCUCGGAAGCAUCUAAACCAUCUCUUUGCCUCACAGUCGAGUUACAGAAAAUCGAUAAAACAUUAGAAGAGUGGGAUAUCAUCUGCCCAGCUGACAUAAUUAAUAUGGACGACGAAGAAAAUUUCCGAAGUUGCCAAGAAAGAAAAAGUCUUGCAGGCUCCAUAAUCAGUCAUAUGGAAUCAGCUAUGAUGAGGUUCCAACGAGCAUUCAGUAUAGAUUACAGCAAUGGCGCAAUGGUUAAGCCGCCGAUGGAUGAUGCCGAAUAUAAUAGUUUACUGGAUAAAGAUGGCAGAGUGGUCAACAACCGUGAGCUUCACAUGUCCGUCUUCAGAGGGGGUGUGGAACCGUCCAUGCGGCCAGUGAUUUGGAAACAUUUGCUCAAUGUUUUUCCACAAGGCCUUACACUGCAAGAGAGGAACAGCUAUUUGAGCUCCAAGUGUGAAGAGUAUUAUCAAUUGAGAUACCGGUGGCAACAUUUAAUGCGAGCAGGGACGAUACCAGAUGUCCUGCAAGAUAUCACUACCAUGGUCAGGAAAGAUGUCAGAAGAACAGAUCGCACAGAAAAAUUUUAUUCCGGUUCAGAUGACAACAACAACGUAAGAGCGUUAUUCAACAUUCUGACGACAUACGCUGUAAACCACCCCAGUGUAUCGUACUGCCAAGGAAUGAGUGAUCUCCUUUCUCCAAUCCUGUACAUCAUGAAAAAGGAAUCUGAAGCAUACGUUUGUUUCUGCGGCCUCAUGAAGAGAACAAGAACGAACUUUAAACUAGAUGGACGUGCCAUGAAAAUGAAAUUUCGUCACUUGCAGAAAAUGGUGAGAUUUUAUGAUCCUGAACUAUUUCACUAUCUUGAAGAACAGGAGGCCUUAGACCUCUUAUUUUGUUAUCGCUGGCUGCUAUUGGACUUGAAACGUGAAUUCCCUUACCAAGAAAUGUUGGGUAUGAUGGAAGUUUUAUGGGGAUCCCUACCACCAAGACCACCUCAAAAUAAUCUGGAAUUAUAUGAUGUGAAGUUUCCAACAGAAGAAAUCUGCAACGCACUCAAAGAUCGAACUACAGCAAAGGAUUACUUGAAGUUAGAUGAAGGGCAUUUUGCAUCGAACCAUGACGUGAAUUCCCUAUCUCAAUCAGUAUCGAAUAAUGCAAGAAAUGAAGAAAUUAAGAAAUGGCAACUCCGAGUUCGAAGAGAAUCAAUGGCAAGAAACUUGGAUUUCAAUGACAGUUCUUGUGAAGGUGAUAUAAAGCUUCCUAUUCAUUACAGAAAAAGAAAAUUUCGUUCUUAUAUAACUGGAAAGUUGUAUAGACUAAACAAGCAUUCACAAUCCUCUCCACUUACAGUGAGAUCGUGUAAGAUACCCGAGAGGAAGAAAUCGCUUCAACCUGAAAUCUGUCAGAGUUGGUCUUGUGGUGAAGUUUUCGAGGAAAGACCAAAAGUAAGGGAAGCUUUGCAUGAAGCCAGAGAUUUCUUGCGAAACCAAUGGUGCUAUUCCAACACUGUCAAUGAAAUUCAAUUAAACAACUGGCUGAAUGGCAAGCAGUUCGAAAUCAAAUCUUGUGCAGUCGGGGGACGAGACAUCGACGAAGAAAUUGAUGACGUCAACAAUAGACAAAGGCAUGGAAGCAGCGAUUCCAACUAUAGUACAAUCUCAGAAGACCUUUCGGAUGUGGAAGAAGAAAGCAGACCACCUUCCAGAUCUCGUCGAAGCCACAGUGAAGGUUACAUGUCAGAUGAUGAUUCUAAAGAGGCUUCCACGCUGGCUGAUGAUGAAGAUGAUGCCUAUGAAUCCGAUGAUGAUUAUGGAGAGUAUUCUGUCGAUGCUGAUGAUUUUAUGGACUCCAUGGCUGGUCGCCAGUACGAAGAAGUUGAAACAUACUUCGAUAGAAAGAAGGAAAUGUUACCUCCUCCCCAUGUUCUGGGGGAUGGUAAUCCUUUCCUACUUUUUAUGUGCAUUGCCAUGAUCAAAUGCCAUAGAGAGGAAAUCUUGAAACAGAGAUACGAUUUUAACGAAUUGGCGAUACACUUCGAUAGGUACGUAAGAAAGCACAAGGUGAUGAAAGUUCUUCCUGAUGCACGCAGUAUGUUUACAGAUUACCUCAACAUGGGUUGGGACGUUGAGGAUAAAGGAGAAAUGAGCGACGACCUCGAUUCCUAAAUUUCAAAACUGGUAGGACAUUUUUAAGAUUCCUGUGGAAUUCAUAUUAUUUCACUACUUAUCUCAGUAAUGGAUCUCAUUUGAAUAUACACAAGUGUCUCUCUGACUGAAAAAAAGUACUUUAGAUUUGAUAUAUAAUGUAAAUUUUUUCUCUCUGAAUAUCUUGUAUACCGGUGCAUGCAUUAUUGAACAUUUGUGAUAUGGCUGAUUUUCGAUAUUUUUUACGCUUUGACUAUAAGAACGAAGUUUCAUUUAAACAUAAAUAUUAUGUAAUGUUUAUAUAAUUUCAUAAUUUUAUUAGCUAGUUUGACUAAAACAUCUAUCAUAGUACUUGUUUUCCAGUGACCUCAGUGUGUCAUAUGCUAUCUAAUAGCAAUAUAAAUUUCCUGGUGAAUUGUGAUAAUUAAUGUGUAUAUGUGAUUGUAAAUAAGUAAAACUGUUUCUACAUUCCAAUUAACAUUCAGAUAAUUUUCUGAUUUACAGAAAAUAAUGAGUAUUAUAUAUAAUAUCAGUAUCGAUAUUUUAUAAUAUCUGUAAUUUUAUUUGAAAUUAAAUCUUCAACAAUGCUUCACGGCCAUUUUAAAUGUAGUAUAAAAUAUGAAUUUCGAUGCAUGAAUGGUUUCGAAUUUUUUUUUUUUAUUUAUGAGUGACUGAGUCAAUGAGUGAUGUGUUUCUAAAAGCUCCCAUUAUGCAGAGUAGCUUGUUUUAUUUUCAUACAUAUUGUAAGUUUCGUCGGAAUGUUGUGUUUGCGCAUGGAAAGUGUGUAUUGUUAUCGUUUGUUUUGUUAUGUUUUUAAGUUUUUUUUGUUGUGAAUGCUGCUGGAAUGCAUAAGUAAAGCAUUUUGUACGCACUGUUUACCGCACAUGUUUUUAUAAGGAACUUGAUAUAAGCAUUUUAUUGUGUCAAUUUUUAUGAAUCCAUCGUAGUUCUGUCCCUGUUAAAAAACAUUAGAAAUAUAGAAAAUUGAAUUUUAAA